UGCAUUCUGUGGGAUAUUAAGAUAUUUUGUGGGACGAUCGUUUUUGGAUAUAAAACAUACUUUCAGAAGAUGGAGGACAAAGUCAGUGGAAACACAGCUGUCGAGACCGCCGAGAGCAAUAUUGCAGUCACUAAAAAGGCUAGCAAGAGUAAGGUUAAGUCACAACAGAAGAAAAUAUCGUCGCGGCCACCAACCUCUGAGAUGGUGACAGCAGCUAUCAAAGAGUUGAAAGAUCGUAAAGGCUCGUCCUUCCAGGCGAUCAAGAAGUACAUAGUGUCAACGUACAAGGUGGACGGCGAGAAGGUUGCUCCGUUUAUUAAACGAUACUUGAAAUCUGCUGUUACUGCGGGUGCUGUCGUGCAGACCAAAGGUAAAGGCGCCACCGGCUCUUUCAAACUGUCGACGGACAAGCCUAAGCCCACCAAAUCCAAGGGAAAGGCGCAACGUGCCUUAGGUAAUUCGGACGUAUGGAAAGCUGGUACGAAGAAGGAGGCGCAGACAGAAAAGGCUCCACGAAAACCAGCUGCCCCAAAGAAAACUACUACCGUUAAGAAAGCUGCGACGAGUCCGAAGAAACCAGCCGCUCAGAAGGCUGUCGCGAAGGCUGCCGGAAAGAAGGGCAAGGCUGCCACGGAGCCCAAGUCACCGUCAAAGGCAAAGAAAGCUGUGAAAGCACCUGCAGCAAAGACUAAGACACCUAAACCGAAGAAAGCCACAGGAAAAGCCGUGAAGGCCGCAGCAAAGAAAUAAUUGUUCUGCGAUGGAACACUCGCUGCAGUCAUAAAUGGCCCUUUUCA